AUGGCCGAAAAGAAAGAGGAGAAAAGAGAAAAUCGUUCAUUUAAGGGUUCAAUCGAAAAAAUUAAAAAGACUAUAUAUCAAAGUGCAAUCAGCGUGAAACAGGAGGAGAUGAAUAAAAAAAAAGAAAACUAUGGCAUUCAAAUGAAACGCCCGGUUUCUUUGUCUUCCAACUCAAAAAACAACCCUCACAUCCUCCACCACACCCAGCCAGAGCUCGUCCUUACACUCUCUACCUCUCCUCCAGCAAAAGAGUAG